AUGGUACAGACCUACCAAAGUCCUGUUCGUGUAUACAAAUACCCGUUUGAAAUUGUGAUGGCUGCUUAUGAAAAGCGUUUUCCAACUUGCCCUCAAAUUCCGAUAUUUGUUGGAUCUGAAAUAAUUUAUGAGUAUCAUUCGGAAGAUGGUGCUGAGGAAGUAAUUGAACGUAAAUGUCAGCUGAACGUAGAAGCACCUUAUCUAGUUAAAAAAAUAGCUGGUGUUGAUUAUAUUUAUUUUACGCAAAAGAACUCUCUUGAUCGCAGAAAACGUACUCUGAUUAUAGAAGCAACAAAUAUUUCUUUCGCAGCUCGAAUCGAUGUCAAAGAAACAUGUCUUUAUUACGUUCAUCCAGACAACAGUGAGUGGACAUGUUUUGAACAAAGCGGUUCACUAGAUGUUAAAUCAUUUUACGGGUUUGAAUCUGCAGUCGAAAAAUUGGUAGUCAAGCUAUAUGUAGCUAACAUUGUUAAGGGGAAAGAGAUAUUGGAGUAUUUCAUAAAUGAAUUGAUCAAAAGUGGUGUAACGUUUAUUCCACCCUACAGCGAUGCAACAGUAUCAGCAGCUGACUCAGCGAUUGACGUUUCAAGGCCUGCUGAUGAAGAUGAUAAAGAUAAGGAAAAAAAUAAUCGGGAAAUGGCUGAGCAAGGUCGACGGUCUUCUAGCAACCGCAAAUUUUCAGUCCUCAAAAAAUCAUCCUCUACACUCAUACCUCGCAAAUCAAGCACACCUCGAAAUUCUAUCGACGAAUCCGAUGCCAGGUUGGAAUCAGAAUAUAUCCGCCGCUUCUUAGGUCAGCUCAGUACUCUAGAGGAAAGUCGUCUUUGUGAAUUGAAGUAUGGACUUCAAGAUGUGCUCAAGGAAAAGAUUCCAAAUGACGCCCACCUGCUACGUUUUUUACGUGCACGUGAUUUUGAUGUUACUCGAGCCAGUGAGAUGGUGCAGAAAAGUGUAACAUGGAGAAAGCAAUAUAAUGUCGAUAAAAUUUUGCAAGAUUUCGAUGCUCCCCCUGUUUUAAAACAGUUUUUUCCCGGUUGUUGGCAUCAUCAUGAUAGAGAAGGCAGGCCAGUUUUUGUUCUUCGUUUGGGUAGACUUGAUAUGAAAGGUUUACUGCGUACGUUCGGUAUGGAAACGAUUAUGAAAUUUACUUUAUCGAUAAUCGAACAAGGUCUUAUAAAAACUGCAAAAGCUACACAAAUGCUUGGAGCUCCUAUAAGGAAAGUUAGAUUGAAUAUCGCUUUCAGUACAUGGACAUUGUUAGUUGAUUUGGAAGGUUUGAGUAUGAGACACCUGUGGCGUCCGGGGAUUCAAGCUCUGCUUCGAAUAAUUGAAGUUGCGGAAGCGCAUUAUCCUGAAACAAUGGGGCUAGUUUUAAUAACUAGAGCUCCGCGUGUCUUUCCUGUUUUAUGGACUCUCAUCUCACCAUUUAUUGAUGAAAAUACAAGGAAAAAAUUUAUGAUCAAUUCGGGUCAGCCAGUCGUCAACGAGCUCAAAAAAUAUAUUUCUGAAGAAUUUAUUCCUGCAUUUUUGGGAGGAACCUCCUCAUGUUUGGCACCUGAAGGUGGACAUAUCGCUAAGAGUCUAUAUAAGCCAGUGGAAGAAACAGUGAUAGAAGAUGAUGUCUUGAAAUCAAAUUAUCAGUCAGCGAUUGUCUACAGAGGCGCACCGCAUGAAGUGAUUGUCAAAGUGAAUGCUCAGGGAUGUGUUCUUACUUGGGAUUUUGAUAUUUUAAAGGGUGAGUGUGAAUUCUUGAUUUAUUACACGGAAAAACACAUAGAAGCGGUUGGCACACCGAGUUCUCCGUCAGUAUUAACUUCCGUUGAACGAGUAACUGCGGUUAUUGGAAAUAUAUCUGUGAAUUCAGUCUUACUUUGUGAUCCAAAAUUGACACUUGGAGUCAAUCUGAAAUUGGAAGAAAAGCCCAUGCAGUUCACAGAGGGUGACUCAAUGCAAGGAUCACAUUAUUGCUCCCAGAUUGGUUAUUACAUUUUACAGUGGCGUCAUCUGGACCCAACACCGAAUCAGUCCUUCGAUUUUUCUAUAUCUGGACAUAAGUGCAAACUUAUGUAUUACUACGAGUUACUCGAUUCACUGGAUUUCAAGUAA